AUGCGCCAUGCAGGCCUUAUGAUGUUUAAACUUCUAACCAAAAAGCUGUUAAGUUUCGUCUCGGUCUUACCAUCACCAAGGAUGGAUCACAAUGUUUCCGAGUUCGAUGAAGAUUUAAAAGAACCAACUAUGAUCCCAAAAGAUGUGAAGGAAGGGUAUUUUGCAGUUAUUUCUGUCAAAGGUGGAGAAAAAAGGAGGUUUAUCUUGGACUUGAGGUAUCUGAGAAAGCCAGAAUUCGUGGAGCUGUUAGAGAAGGCUAAAAAAGAAUAUGGAGUCCUUAUCCUCCCUUGUCAACCUGAAGAGUUGCAGAAGAUUUUAAAAGACAGCAAAACAUCUUGA